AUCGACGAAUGCUUGAAUUUUAACGGCGGCUGUCAGGGUAAAUGCGUCAACACAGCAGGCAGUUACCAGUGCAUCUGUCCUAUCGGUGAGGAGCUCGGACCAGAUGGAAAACAAUGCAUAAGCUCAGCUUACAUUCGUGAUGAAAGCGCACAAUCGGAAUCCAGCAAUGCAAUCAUCUAUAAGCAGGACCAACAGGCUGUUGGUCCGUCGCAGAUUUGGAAACGGGAACAGGCAUCGCAGACUGAAUGGAAAAAAGAGAGAAAUUUGAUUGAUGUCACGACGAUGGACAGAGGUCAAUACCAAAAAGACAUUAUGAUGGGUGAUGAGGCAUUUGGCGAAAAUGAUGUUAGCUAUGGUAACUGCCAACUGUUAAUUCGUGUCCUCCUUAUUGUCUCCGUGCCGUCGCUUGUUUCUGUUGUUGUUGUUGUUGUUGUUGUUACUUCAAAGGGUGUCCGGUCGGGCGAUUUGGCAGUCGCUGCCAAUACUCCUGCUAUGAUUGCAAAAACAGUGGCGUAUGCAGCGAAGAUCGACGAAGUUGUGUCUGCGCCCCUGGCUUUACUGGAGAACUAUGUGAACAGGAAUGUCCUACUGUAA